GCAGCUCAUUCUGUUGUUCCUUUCUUCCCUGCUACCCGUGCCUUGGGGAAGACUGGGGAGGCGGGCAAGGAACAAUGACGUUUCCUACGGAUGCCGAGCUCACCGCGUACCUGACGAAGAAGAUCCACAAGGCUUCGGACCUCGCAUCUCUUUCGCGCCGGGUACUCAAAGACUCUGUGGUGGAGCGUUAUGGACUGGGGACGGAGGAGAAGAGGAGACUCGAAGAGGAUGAGAGGAUCAAGCAAUUGGUCAAGGAUGUAAUCACGAGGGCAGUCAAAGAAAGGGAGAGCCUGGAGGAUGCCGGCAGAGCGAAUGAAGCUACCCAGGAGAAACGGAUCAAGGGCGAUCGCCCGAAGCCGAAAAAGGCGAGCAAAGUAAAAGAAGUGGAAGAGGAAGAGAUGAACGACGAUGACGACGAGCAGCAGGCGCAGCACUUGUCUGACUUUUCGUCCAUGGAAGACAGCGAUGAAGGACCUGCCCCCAAGAAAAAGGCACGCAAGAGCUCUUCGCCCUCGUCGCGAAAGAAGUCGGCCUCAGUGACACCGGCGGGAAAGGAGAGCGACAAAGUCAAACGUCUGAAAUCGUACAUCUUUCUUGCGGGACUGCGAAAACCCUACAAGAAGAUCUUUGCCGAUGCCAACUGUAGCGAUCCUCCCCCUUCCUCCUCAGCGAGCGAAGAGGCCAAGGUGUACAAGAAGCAAAUAAGCAUCCUGCAAGGGAUACUGCAGGAGGAACUCGGGAUCGAGGGAAGGCCAACAAAGGAAAAGUGUAAGAUUGCCAGGGAUAAAAGGGAAUGGGAGAAGGAAAUGGAAGAGAUUCAACGGGCAGGGAAGACGGAGAGGGCAAGGACGAGGGGUGGAGCGAGAAAAAGCUUGGCAGACGUCGGUGAAGGCAGCGAGAACGAGAAAGACGAGGGUGAUGAGGAAAGAGGGGAAGAGGAGCCCGCGUCAAAGCCUCCCAAGUUCAAUCGCUUUUUGGCAGAUUUUGCCGCCUCGUUAAAUGACGACUGAGCGGAUCUGAAUAGCUUAUUUCACUCUGUACCAGUACAACUUCUUCAUCGACUAACAAUCUACUGAAGGCCGCCCCAAUUCGGUGGAAGAUUGGCCAGGCCCACUCCGACGGGCAAGUCAUUGUUCGUCUGUCCUCCUUGCCCACCUUGGCCUUGCUGAUCAU